AUGGCGCUUUGCCAGAACCGAUUACAAGAGGAGAGGAAGCAAUGGCGACGAGACCAUCCUUUCGGGUUCUAUGCCAAACCACAGCGUACCAAAGAAGGUGUACUCGAUGUCAAAAAUUGGGAAUGCGGAAUCCCUGGCAAAGAGAACACUAUUUGGUCUGGCGGACUCUUCAAGCUGACCAUUGCUUUCCCUGAUGAGUACCCUACAAAGCCUCCCAAGUGUAAAUUUGUCCCCCCGCUGUUCCACCCCAAUGUGUACCCCUCAGGAACUGUCUGCCUCUCCAUCCUCAACGAAGAGGAGGCCUGGAAGCCUGCGAUCACCGUCAAACAGAUCCUUCUCGGUAUCCAGGACCUUCUCAACGACCCUAACCCCGAGUCACCUGCCCAAGCGGAGGCAUACAACCUCUUCAAGAGAGAUCGUGCCGAGUACGAGAAGCGAGUUCGCCGUACGGUUCGAGAGAACCCCACACCUUGA